AUGGCGUUAGUGGUGUUAUUGGAAUUAGUAGGUGGCAGUGGUGACCGUGGUAGCAGUGGUGGUGGGGGAAGUAGUAGUAGUAGCAGUUUGCCUUUGUCUUCCUUAUCUAGCUCUGGUGCUUUGGAUAGUGAACCUGAUGAUAAUGAGAUGGGUAGAUUACAAGCACUUUUGGAAGCAAGAGGUUUACCACCACAUUUAUUUAGUGCUCUUGGUCCUAGAGUUCAUCAUCUUCUUCAUCGAUCUAUGGGAAAUAAAACGAGUAGUAGAGCUCAUCAGUUGAUUCAAGGAUUACAAGCUCAAGGAGAUGAAGGACAACAGUUACAGGCUGUGAUGGAAAUGUGCCAAUUACUUGUAAUGGGAAAUGAAGAUACUUUAGCAGGUUUUCCAGCAAAGCAAGCAGUACCUGCUUUAAUAGCAUUACUUCAAUUAGAACAAAAUUUUGAUAUAAUGAAUCAUUCCUGUAGAGCAUUAACAUACAUGAUGGAAUCAUUACCACGGUCAUCAGCUAUCGUGGUUGACGCUAUUCCAGCGUUUCUUGAGAAACUACAAUUUAUUCAAUGUAUGGAUGUUGCAGAGCAAUCAUUAACAGCCUUAGAGAUGCUUUCUCGACGACAUAGUAAAGCUAUUUUACACGCUGGUGGUGUACCUGCUUGUUUAUCAUAUUUAGAUUUUUUCACAAUUAAUGCUCAACGAGCUGCACUUUCAAUAACUGCCAAUUGUUGUCAAAAUUUAACCCGAGAAGAAUUUUCUUAUGUUAAAGAUUCAUUGUCUACAUUGGGUUCCCAUCUGGUUAAAUAUCAAGAUAAAAAAUGCCUUGAAAGCUUGUGCUUAGCAUUUUCUCGAUUAGUGGAAAGUUUUCAACAUCAUCCAGAAAUUUUGCAACAAAUUACCGAGAACAAUUUAUUGUCAAAUAUUCAACAAUUAUUAUUGGUAUCACCACCAAUAAUCAGUACAGGAACAUUUGUAAUGGUGAUAAGGAUGUUGGCUACAAUGUGUGCUUCAUGUCCUCAAUUAGCAGUACAACUUCUUAAAUUGAACAUAGCCGAUACAAUUCGUUAUUUAUUGGUUGGUUCAAGUGCAACGAAAGAAUAUAUUGAAUUGACCACAAGAAGCCCACAAGAGCUUUACGAGAUAACUUCACUUAUCGGAGAAUUGAUGCCAAAGCUACCAACUGAUGGUAUAUUUAGUGUUGAUGGAUAUUGGUUGAAGCAAACAAAUGUGAUUCCAAGUGGAGUUACUUGGCAAUGGAAAGAUGAUAGAGGAAUGUGGCAUAAUUAUAGUGCUAUUGAUAGUAAAAUGAUCGAAGCUGCUCAUUUGGCAAGUGAAGAUGAAAUGAGUUUGACUACAAUGGGACGUACAUAUGUGAUAGAUUUUAAUUCGAUGCAACAAAUAAAUGAAGAUACUGGGACUUCACGUUUAAUUCAACGUCUAGUCAAUAAUUCGAUGGAACAACAUCAACAUCAUCCAUCAUCUGGUUUAGGUUUAUCUGGAGCUAUGAUGAUGAUGAUAUCAGGUGCAACAUCAGCCUCAGCAGCCGCAGCAGCCGCAGCAGCAUUAGGAGUACCUACAACACCACCACUAUCAUCCUCAUCAUCAUCAUCAUCACCAUCAUCUCAAGUAACAACAACAACAACAACUAAAUCACCAACAUCAAACACGAAAAAAACAAAAAUUGUUGGAAAUGAUACAAAGACUCCUUUGAAAAUUUGUAAUAAUUCAAUGGAUACAACGCCAGGUAAACAAGCUGAAAAUGAAGAAAUGGGAAAAGAUGUAAAUUCAAGCAAUAAUUCAAGUACUCCAAAUAAUACGCCACCGAAUAAGAUGCAUAAUCAUAAUAAUUCGCAUUCUUCUAUGAUGAAAGCAAUGAUGAUGAGCAAUGUUAAUGAAAAUGAUGCUCGAAUUCAAUGUUUAAAAGAAGAACCUGAAUUAGCAGAGUCUUUCAUAAAAAGUCUUUUUGGUGUUUUGUAUGAAGUAUAUAGUAGCUCUGCUGGUCCAUCAGUACGACAUAAAUGUAUUCGAGCAUUGCUGAGAAUAAUUUAUUAUUCAUCUUCUGAUCUUUUGCGAAUUGUUUUGAAAAAUCAUGCUGUAUCAAGUCACAUUGCUGCAAUGUUACCAUCUUCUGAUCUUAGAGUAGUUGCUGGUGCUAUUCAAAUGGUUUACAUAUUGAUGGAAAAGCUACCUGAUAUUUUUGCUAUUUACUUCCGUCGAGAAGGUGUUAUUCAUCAAUUAAAGAAGUUAAUCUCUAAUGAUGGAACAAUUAUUGGUGAAGCAAGCCCAAUAAGUGCAUAUAUACCUUCAUCAUCUCCAAAUAAAUCAAGUACAAAUAUAAAAAUUGAGUCUCGAUUACAAUACCAGCUGCAACAACAACAACAGCAGCAGCAGCAGCAGCAGAAUCAACAUCAACAUAAACAUCAACCGCAACAGCAACAACAAAAGCAACAACAACAAACUGGUCAAAGUACUUCAUCGUCUCCGUCAUCUUUAAUUGGUCAAAGUUAUGUGUCAUCUUGCUUUCUAGAAUCUGGAAGUCCCUUGAGUAAUAUAUCACCAUUACAAAGUUUUUCAUCCUCAUGUGGGAUGCCACACGAAGUUUUUACUGCACAAACAAAUGAUAUAAAUAUGGUUAACAACAACAAUAUUAAUAACAAUAAUGAUAAUAACCAAGAAAGUACAAAUGCUACUACUAAUCCAAUUGCCAUUACUACUUCAGCAGCGUCCAAUGCCACUAUUACAGCUACUUCCUCACCAUCAUCAUCGGCAUCGCCUCCAUCAUCAUCACCAUCGUCUGCAACUGGAAUAAUCACAAGAUCAAACAAAUCUCCAGUCUCUAAAACAAAUGAAAAUAUUGUGGAUUCCCGUCUUUUUUUGUUCAUUAGAAGACUUAGUGAUGUCCUUAAACGGAAACGUAGUUCAAAGAAAGGAUCAACAAGUGGUUCACCACCAGCAUCAUCCUCUUCAAGUUCGUCAUCUUCUCUGAGUAGCAACAGCAACAGUAAUAGCUGUAGUAGCAAUAGUAACAGUAGCAGCAUUGGUGGAGUUGCUGGAAGUAUUGGUGGUACAAGCAGUAAUAGUAAUAAUAGCAGUAGUCGAAGUAAAAAUCGAGGUGGAAUCGACUCUUUGUCUAUGCAUUUUAACAAUUGUAUAAAUUCGUCAUCACCAUUGCCAUUAUCCAACAUGCAUGGUAAUAAUCGUGGAGUUAGUGGUGGUGAUUAUGAUCCAAUGACAGCAAAUUUAAGUUCACACUUUUUUUCGACUCCUUAUCUUUCAAUGCCAUUCUUUCCAUACUCUGGAAAUAGUGGUACACCUUCAUCUGGAAAUUCAAGUGCAGCAUCGUCAACUCCAGCAACACCAAAUACAAAUAGCACUGAUGCUCAAACAAAUUACAAUAAUAAUAACAACAAUAAUAAUGUUUUGACGCCAACAUCUUCAAAUAUAAUUGGUCCACAAAGAGGAUUACAUAAUAAUUUGGGAUUAAAUGCUUUUGGUUCUGGUUGUCCAUUUGGUGUAACUCCAUCUUCUUCUUCAUCAUCACCUUUGUCUGGCUCAAACACACUUGGAUUUGGAUCAUCAAGUGGAUUAUCUUUGAAUAAUAAUCCAACUGCUUCAACCUCAACAUCUUCAUCAUCACUCGGAGGAGGCUUACCAGCAGCUCAAGCAGCAGCACAGGCAGCAGCACAAGCAGCGGCAGCAGCAGCAGCCGCCGCAGCCGCAGCUUCCGCAGCAGCAACAGCAACAACAACAAGUCGAGGUAGCAGUCGAUCUUCAUCUAAAUUAAGUUCAGCUGCAGCCAAGACGUCAUCAUUUUUUGCCAAUCUUUAUCCAGCUCGAUGGCGUCGAUGGAAUACUGCAGGUCCCAAUAUAAUUGGUUCUAAUGCAGGUUCAAAUCUAAGUAAUCGUAAAUCGAUGCUGAUUUCCCAAUCACAAGAUCAAUUGGGUCAUCAUCAUCAUCACCAUCAUCAUUCUCACUCCCAUCAUCAUGGCCAUCAUAGUCAUGGUCAUCAUAGUCAUAGUCACCAUCACCACUCUUCUCAUUCACCUUCUUCUUCUUCUCAUUCUCAUCAUAACCACUCACACCAUUCUCAUCAUCAUCUUGCAGGUUCAUCAUCUUCGACAUCAGGAUCACCUCGAUCUCCACAUUCUUCCCAUUCAUCUAAUGGUAAUAAAGAGAAGAUACGAAGUUGGAUAAGAGAACAAGCAAAGGCAUUUGUUGAAAAAUAUUUCAACAAUGAGAAUGAAAUGAAUGAAGCAAUGAGCACAUUAAAUCGUAUUAAUGGAGCAAUAGAAAUAUUUGAAAACAGCUGUGAUUUGGAAGGAUUGAAAGAAUUUCGAAGUGUACUAUUGGAUGGAGACAUUUCUCCAUUUGAAUUAAUUAAUUGUGGAAUAAUUGGUAAAUUAAUUACACAUUUAACUUUCACCGAGGAUGGAGAGGAAGAUAGGAAUAUGAGGAUUCGACGUUUUCUUCAUGUUUUCCUGGGAACUCCUGUUGAUGAUAAUACUGUGAUAAAUGAUGAAAAUGAAUUGAACUUGGAUACUCGGCCAAUGUCAAGUCUUGUCUCAAAAUUAAAUGCUUGUAUCUCACAAUUGGAGCAAUUCCCUGUUAGAGUACACGAUGUGAUUGGAACUGGAACAGGUAACAUAAGGGGGACAAGUGCAUUGAAAUUUUUCAAUACCCAUCAAUUGAAAUGUAAUUUAGUUAGACAUCGAGAUUGUACUACUUUGAAACAAUGGAGAGGUGGACCUGUUAAAAUUGAUCCAUUGGCUUUGGUGCAAGCAAUUGAAAGAUAUUUGCUAUUACGAGGUUAUGGUCGUGUUAAAGAAGAUGAUGAUGAUGGUAAUAGUGAUGAUGAUAAUUCAGAUGACGAUUUUGAGGAUAAUAUGGCAUCAGUUGUGAUGAAUCAGGGCCAAGGUCGUCAUAAGAUACAAUUUUUAAUUGAUGAUCGUAUUCUUCCAUAUAAUAUGACAGUUUAUCAAGCUAUAAGACAAUUUAGUGGAGGAGCAGGUAAUUCUCAAUCAAUUGAUGGUCAUGAAACUGAUACUGAUUUUGAUGGACCAAUGGGUAAUUCAAAUAUGUGGGUAACAACUCAUACAAUAUAUUACCGUUCAUUGAAUGAUAGAUUACCAAGUGUAUCUUAUCCAUCAGCUUCGACAUCUUCAACAAACUCAACUCCAACUUCAACUGCUGGAAUUAUUGGUACUAAUACUAAUACUAAUAACAAUAACAACAACAAUAAUAAUAAUAGUCGAAGUAGUCGAUCUGGACGAGGAACAAUAUCAGCAGCAGCAUUGUUGUCAGAUAUAACGCCAAUAUCAAAUAUGACAAAUACAGUAGGAUCAGGAUCGUCAUCAUCAUCAUCAACACCAUCCUCUUCUGUUUUGAAUCAUCAUUUAACUUGCUCAGGAAAUUGUGCUUCAAACAAUGGUCAUUCCUAUUCUUAUCCUUCCACAUCAACAUCUUCAAUGACACCUUCAUCAUCAACAGCAAUUUCUGCAUCUUCUGGUAUUGGUAGUAGUGGUAUUAAUACUAGUAAUACUACUACCUAUGGACGUCGUGCAGCAUCAAAAUCAGCAAAUAAAAACUCAACAUCAAACUCUCCAUUAUCUUUUCCGUCAUCAAUAUCAUUAUCAUCAUCAUCAUCAUCUGGAUCAAAGAAGAAAGAUGAAUUAUGGCUUGAAGGGAAAACACCAACGAUCUCAUCAAUAGUAUACAAUUAUUUGAUUCCUUCAUUGCCAAAUUGUGUUAAUAUUGAAGAUUCUUCUUUGGAAGUAAUGAGUCUAUUGAGAAUUUUAAAUGCAUUAAAUCGAUGUUGGAGUUGGUUCUACAAUUUAACAAUCAGUUCAAAUCCUGCCAUACCGCAAAGUGAAUUUGUAAAUAGUAAACUAACAGCCAAAGCUAAUCGUCAACUUCAAGAUCCACUUGUGAUAAUGACUGGUAAUUUGCCCCAAUGGUUAUCUCAAAUAGCUUAUGUAUGCCCAUUCCUGUUUCCAUUUGAGACUCGUCAUUUAUUAUUUUAUAUAACAUCAUUUGAUCGAGAUCGAGCUUUACAACGUCUUUUAGAUACAACACCAGGAUUGAAUAGUAGUGAUACUAGUGAACGAGUAACACCGAGAUUGGAUAAAAGAAAGAAAACUGUAACUCGUGAAGAUAUUUUACGACAAGCUGAAUCAGUAUUUCAUGAUAUUGGUAAUUCAAAGGCAUUGUUGGAAAUUCAAUAUGAGAAUGAAGUUGGAACUGGAUUAGGUCCAACAUUGGAAUUUUAUGCUUUAGUUUCAAAAGAAUUACAACGAGCUGAUUUAGAUAUGUGGAGAGGUGAAGCAAUUACUUCGUCAAGUGUGAUUAUGCCUCUUUCAUAUUCAAAUGAUAAAUUAGCAACAACAGGAUCACCACAUUAUGGAUCUAAUGAGAUGAUGAUUGAUAUAAAUCAAUUGCUCAAGAAUGAUGUUACCAAAACAAAUCGUAAACAUUGUAAUACUAAUCUUAUUCAACAAAACCAACAACCAGAAUCAGAAUCAGAAUCAGAACAAGAAUCAGAACCAAAAUCAUCAAUCACACCGUCAUCACCAAAAUCAACAACACCAGCAGCAACAGCAACAACAACAACAACAACAAUUAUUGUUACAACAACAAGCACAACAAGCCAUUCAUAUAUUUACUCUUCUGAAGGUUUAUUUCCAUCUCCAGUUGGUAAAUCAACAAAAACUACCUCUUUGUCCAAAUUAAAAAGUAGAUACAGACUACUUGGAAAGUUUAUGGCCAAAGCAUUAUCUGACUCAAGAAUGGUUGAUAUACCUUUAAGUAUACCAUUUUACAAAUGGCUUUUGGGUCAAGAAUCCACUCUAAAUGUGUCAGAUAUGCAUUUUAUUGAUUCAACUUUAGCAAAAUCUGUAACAAAUAUGUAUUUAAUUGCACAAAAGAAAAAUCUCAUGGAAAGAGGAGUUUCUGGACUUAACCGAGAAUCCUUAACUUUAAGUGGAGUUGAAAUUGAAGAUCUUCAUCUUGAUUUUACUUUGCCUGGUUUCCCACAAAUUGAACUACGUAAAGGAGGUAAAGACAUGUCUGUUACAUUGGAAAAUAUAGACCAAUAUUUACGAUUAAUGGUACAUUGGACAAUGGUUGAAGGAGUAUCUCGACAAAUGGAAGCUUUCAGAGAAGGAUUUGAAUCUGUUUUAUCAUUAGCACAACUGCAAAUAUUUUAUCCAGAAGAAUUGGAACAACUUUUCUGUGGUUGUAGUCACCAAUCAUGGGAUUUAAAAACACUGAUUGAUUGUUGCCAUCCAGAUCAUGGUUAUACCUAUGACAGUCGAGCAAUUAAAUAUUUAUUUGAAGUACUAUCGUCAUUUAAUGGUGAUGAACAACGUAAAUUCCUACAAUUUGUGACUGGUUCUCCUCGUCUUCCUGUUGGAGGAUUGAAAAGCUUAACACCUCCGUUAACUGUUGUACGAAAAACUUUUGAACCUGGUGAAAAUCCUGAUAAUUAUCUUCCUAGUGUAAUGACUUGUGUAAAUUACUUGAAACUACCAGAUUACUCUAGCAUUGAAAUAAUGCGAGAAAAACUAUUGUUUGCUGCAAACGAAGGACAACAUUCUUUCCACCUCUCUUAGAAAAAAAAUCUUUCCUCUCAAAAAUUCUGUCUAUUAUGAUACAAAAAGAUUCUUUUCUUGCUCUCUCUCUCUCUCUCUCUCUCUCUCUCUCUCUCUCUCUAUCUUCUUUCUCUUUGCUCUAAUGUUGUUAAAAUUUUCUCUGUCCAAAUUGCAACUCUGUUGAUGGCCAUACAAAAAAAUUUGAUCAAUAUCUAAAAAACCUAUGUAUGCAAUUUCUUAACAAUAUUCAUUCUCAAACCAUUAAUCUUAUAUUCAAAUAAACAUAAACUUUUUCGUUCAACUCAA